UCUCUUUCAAGUGCAUAGAAGAAAUGAAACGUGAAGCCAGACCUAUUAAGAUUGACAGAAGACUGACGGGUGCGAAUAUAAUUGAUGAGCCUUUGCAACAGGUAAUCCAGUUUUCCCUGAGGGACUAUGUGCAGUACUGGUAUUACACCCUAAGUGAUGAUGAAUCGUUUCUUCUGGAAAUCAGGCAGGCUCUUCAAUAUGCACUUGUUCAGUUUUCUGCCAGGUCAAAGGAAACAGACUGGCAGCCUUAUUUCACGACACGACUUGUUGAUGACUUUGGCACUCAUCUUCGAGUUUUCAGAAAAGCUCAGCAAAGAAUAGCAGAGAAAGGCGAUCAGAUGAAAAAUCAAGCUGAGGAACUUGUAGAUACAUUCUUUGAGGUGGAAGUUGAAAUGGAAAAAGAAGUCUGUCGUGAUCUAGUCUGCACUUCUCCCAAAGAUGAAGAAGGAUUCCUAAGGGAUCUGUGUGAGGUUUUACUGUAUAUAUUGCUACCUCCUGGAGACUUCCAGAACAAGAUCAUGCGAUACUUUGUCAGGGAAAUCCUCUCCCGAGGAAUUCUUCUUCCAUUAAUAAACCAGCUCAGUGAUCCUGAUUAUAUUAAUCAGUAUGUCAUAUGGAUGAUUCGUGAUUCCAACUGUAACUAUGAGGCCUUUAUGAAUAUUAUUAAACUAAGUGAUAAUAUAGGAGAGUUGGAAGCAGUGAAAGAUAAAGCAAGUGAAGAACUGCAGUAUCUUCGAUCUCUAGAUACAGCGGGAGAUGAUAUCAACACUAUAAAAAAUCAAAUAAACAGUUUAUUAUAUGUUAUUAAAGUAUGUGAUUCGAGAAUUCAGAGGUUGCAGUCAGGAAAAGAAAUAGAUACUGUGAAACUGGCAGCAAACUUUGGAAAACUUUGCACAGUCCCUCUGGACCAUAUUCUGGUAGACAAUGUUGCACUACAAUUUUUUAUGGAUUACAUGCAGCAGACUGGUGGCCAAGCACAUCUGUUUUUCUGGAUGACAGUGGAAGGGUACAGGGUUACAGCACAGCAACAGCUGGAGGUACUUCAAAGCCGGCAGAAAGAUGGAAAGCAUCAGACUAAUCAAACCAAGGGUCUAUUAAGAGCAGCUGCAUUUGGAGUUUAUGAGCAAUAUUUAUCAGAAAAGGCAUCUCCAAGAGUUAAUAUUGAUGACAACUUGGUAGCAAAACUGGCAGAAACUCUGAACCAUGAGGAUCCAACACCUGAAAUCUUUGAUGACAUUCAGAGAAAGGUGUAUGAAUUGAUGCUGCGAGAUGAAAGAUUCUACCCUUCGUUCAAACAGAAUGUGUUGUAUGUGCGCAUGUUGGCUGAGCUGGAUAUGCUGAAGGAUCCUAGUUUCAGAGGAUCAGAUGAUGGUGAAGGAGAAUCUUUUAAUGGGUCUCCUACUGGCAGCAUAAAUCUGUCCUUAGAUGACCUUUCAAAUGUCCCUUCUGAUGAGACAGUUCAACUCCAUGCAUACAUCUCAGAUACUGUCUAUGCUGACUCUGACCCAUAUGCUGUGGCAGGAGUGUGUAAUGACCACGGCAAGACAUACGCACUGUAUGCUAUCACAGUCCAUCGGCGAAAUCCAAACAGUGAAGAGACAUGGAAGACAUAUCGACGCUACAGUGACUUUCAUGACUUUCACAUGAGGAUCACUGAGCAGUUUGAAAACCUUGCAAAUAUACUGAAACUUCCUGGCAAAAAGACGUUUAACAAUAUGGACAGAGAAUUUUUGGAAAAGAGGAAAAAAGAUUUAAAUGCAUAUUUGCAGCUCUUGUUAAAUCCUGAAAUGAUGAAAGCUUCUCCAGCUUUAGCCCAUUAUGUGUAUGACUUCCUGGAGAAUAAAGCCUACAGCAAAGGGAAGGGAGAUUUUGCACGGAAGAUGGACACAUUUGUAAACCCACUUCGUAACUCUAUGAGAAAUGUAUCAAAUGCAGUCAAGUCUCUCCCUGACAGCCUGGCAGAGGGAAUGACUAAAAUGUCAGACAACAUGGGUAAAAUGUCAGAGAGAUUGGGACAAGACAUAAAGCAAUCAUUUUUCAAGGUGCCCCCUUUGAUCCAGAAAACCUAUUCAGAUCCUGACCAUUGCCGUGUUGCAGCACCAAUUGAUGACAAUGUGGAUGACAAUAUUCCGCUGAGAGUAAUGCUCCUCCUUAUGGAUGAAGUCUUUGAUUUAAAGGAAAGAAAUCAGUGGUUAAGAAGAAAUAUAAAAAAUCUGCUUCAGCAACUUAUUAGAGCAACAUAUGGUGACACAAUUAAUAGAAAAAUAGUUGAUCAUGUUGAUUGGAUGACAUCUCCUGAGCAAGUAGCAGAUGCAGUGAAACGCUUCAGAGAUGCUUUUUGGCCCAACGGCAUUUUAGCAGAGACUGUUCCACGGAGGGACAAAGCCAUUAGAAUGAGAACAAGAGUGGCAGGCAAGACUAAAUUACUGGAGGUGAUGCCAGAUGAACUGAAGCACAUCAUAGGCGCUGAGACAACACGGAAAGGCAUUCUUCGGGUCUUUGAAAUGUUCCAGCACACUCAACUGAAUAAGAGAAUGGUGUACGUGUUUCUGGAGAGAUUCCUAGAAACGUUGUUUCCACAAAAUAAGUUCCAUGAGCUCUUCAACAAACUGCAUUCACGAUCAAAGCAGAUGCAGAGAUAUAAGCAGAGACUACAUUCUACUCAAGCGCCUUCCUUACAGAAAAGUUCAACCACUACCAGAAGGGUUUGUGUGUCUUAA